UCUGAGGCAGACAAGCUUAAGCUUUGCGGCGUUUGUUUAUGAACUUUUUUAAAAGAAAUAUAUAUAUAAUAAUAAGAAAAUGAACAGUUUGAAUGAUAAUAGAGAAAACGAGACUGUAAUAUAUAUUUAUAUAACUUCAUCGCCGUUUGGAAUGGAGAAAGAAAAAGAGGAACUUAAACGAAACUAUCUACCCGAAAUUGAAUCUAUCUGCAGAACCAACAAUAUUACUUUAAGUCUUAUUGACUUAUUAGAGGAGAAAGAAGAGUCAGCUGAUCCUAUUCAAAUUAUCAGUAGGCAGCUUAAUAAACUAUCAGAAGCCGAUAUGCUUAUAGAAUUCGAUGGAAAGAGUUACUGGUGGUAUGCUAAGAAUAAUAACGUCUUUCAAAAGAAUUUUGAGGAAACUGUUCAAAAAUAUUCGCAAGCUGAUAACUUAAAAGAUUUUAGUAUAUUAGACCAAGAUUUAGGUCUUGAUCAACUAAACAAAGUAGAAAAGAUUCCAACAUGCUUUUGUUUUGGAGAAAAGAGUUGUAAAAAGAUAAAUAAAUCAGAAGAUUCUCUAUUUGAUCAUACGUCAGAAGAGGAUAUAAAACUUGAAAGUGAAGAAGUUUUAACUAAAAUGAAUCAAAUAAUAAACAAAAGCGAAAGUACUAUAAAAAAGACUUUAGGAGUCAAAAUGGACUAUGAAACUCCUGAAAAGGGAGCUGAAUUCUUAUUCAAAUGUAUCUCAACCCAUUUAAAUGGAUUUUUAGUUAAUAGGAUAAAAUUGGAAUUUGAUAAUAUUCAAUGGUCAGUUAUGAAACCUCACGAAAAUUAUUCUUUUAUCAGGCAUCAAGCUUACGUUGAGGAUUCAGCUGCAUUCAAUAGACUGAAUAAUCAUAUUAAUAAUCCUUUAGCAAUGCCAUUGUGUAUAAUUGGAAAAGCGGGAUGUGGAAAAUCAUCUUUAUUAGCCAAUUGGAAAAAAUUUCAAACAGACUUUCAAAAAAAUUACGGACUUCUUUUAUUUCAUAUCGGAUGUAAAAAAGAAACUAAAACUGUUAAAAACAUUCUUUUAUCGUCUAUUGCAUUCUUCUACGAGAUUCUUGGAAAGCCAAGUCCUCUUAUUCAAUUCGAAUUAGGCUUUCAAACAAUUGUAGAAAGUUUAGAAAGACUUAUGGAAGAGUUUAAUACAUUAUUUAAAAAGAAACCAAUUCUACUCUUUGACGGGCUUGAUAGAUUAGAAAAAAGCCCUUCGUCACCCGCCCUUUAUUGGAUAACGGAUAGAAUGAUAAAGCUUGGAUGCUUUAUAUUUUCAUCAAGAUAUUCGGACAAUUAUCAUUUGCAUGUUAUGGAGAAUAGAAGCUUUGAAAUGUACGAAAUAUUUGUUACUGAAAAGUUAAAGAAAGGCGUCUAUAAAAAAAUGUUUGAUGAUGGUAAAGUAAAAAGAACAAAAAUUCCAUGUAAAUUAAUUCUAGAAAUCAAAGAAGCCGAUAAUCUAUCCAUAUUUAAAUCAAUCUUAUCAGAGUCAACUGCAUUAAAAGAUAUCAACUUUAAGACUUCGUCUGUUCUUUCAACAAAAUCUAUUGAAGAUCUAUUCAAACAAUCUUUAGAUAGACUAGAAAAGGAGUUUAACGCUGAAGAAUUUAUUAGAAAGACAUUAUGCGCUCUUAGCCUCCUUAAUUAUGGUCUAACAGAAAAUCAAUUAAGAAACUAUUCAAAAUUAAAGAAACAAGUAUGGACGCCAUUUUUUCAAUCAUUAAAACAAUUUCUAAUAUGUAAGGAUGACGUUUGGCAAAUUGAAAAUGGAAAAUUUCGAAAAGCCAUUGAAAUGAAGUACUUUCCAACGAAAUAUAAAUUAUUACACGAGGAGAGAGCAUUGGCCAACUAUCUUUUAUCACUUUAUAACGAACAGAAAUCGAAUGAAGAAUUUUCAUUAAGUUUUCUAAACGAAUUAUCCUUUUCGUUAAUGAAAAUGAAAGAUAAAACCGAACUAUCAAAGCUUAUAAAUACAGAGAGGUUCUUUGAAUUUAUAAGUUUAAAAUGCGAUUUGUUUCUAGAAGUUAUUCCACAUUUUCCAAUUGAGAAAUGUAAUCAACUUGGUUUAAAUGUUACUAGAGUUAUCUUUGAAAUGAUUGUUAAAACCUAUCAAAGGGAUGAAUUUGUUCAAGCAGGACACGUUCUAGAAUUUAUUCUUAGCAAUUUAAACUUAUCUGUGAAAAAUUUCAUUAAAUUCUUAAUGAAUUAUAAUAAUCCUUGUAAAAAAGUUCAAAAAUUAAUUAAAGAUUUAAAUCAGAUUUUUGAUCUUUUUCAAGAUUUAAAAAAUGCAUUCAAGUGUGUUGAACAGUUUAAAAUUUUAAAAGAUUCAGAAAAGUGUAAAUUGUCGAUUUCUAAUGCUAGCGAUAUUAUAAAACACGAAGCAUUCAAAUCUUUAAUCGUUCAAAGAGCAAUAAUGUACAAAAAGUUGAGUUUAUUAUACUACGAUGAAGGAGACUUUGAUGAAGCUUAUAACUUAACUGAAAAAUAUUUAAAAAAUAUAAAAGAUCGUCUAUUUGAUGAAAAUCCAAUGGAAAUUAUUGAAACAAUGUUCAAAUUAAGUAAAAUUGAAAAAGAUCGAAAGAAUUUUACAAGUGCAGAAAGAUAUUACCUAAAAAUUAUUGAUCUAUUUAAAAAAAUUGGAAGAAAAGAUUGUCUUCUCUUCGCUGAUGCUUGUUUAGAAAUUGGUAUUAUAGAAAACAGAAAAGGAGAUUCCAACUAUGAAAGAUCUUUUGAUUUCUUUAGUAAAAGUUUAGACAUAUUUAAGCGAAAAUUGAAUAAUUUCAAUAGAAAUAUUAAAGUUGUUAAAGCAUUCGAAGGACUUGGUUACUGCCUACUUAAAUUGCAACGAUAUCAACUAAUGGAAAAAUAUCUGUGGCAAGCUGUUGAAAACAGAACUACUAUGAGAUAUUAUGAAUCCGUUCCAGCUUAUUACGAUGAUUUAAUUGAUAACUAUUGGAAGAGAAAAGAAGUUUUUAAAGCUCGUAGGCUUUUUACGGUAAUGCCUAAUGGAAAUCAACAUACACCUAAAAACGUUGCAGCAUUAGCCAUUAAACAGAAAAUGACUAGAAACCUUAAAAGUAUAUUCCCCGACACAGUUUACACACAAACAAUGAAUAAGUGUGAACGUUGGCCAGUUUUGAAUAUUGAUAAAAGUUCAAAAUGA